AUGAAUGGUGCAACUUUCGGGACAAAAAUGUUUAUGUUCUUAAAAUCUAAUCGGGCAUACUUGAAUCAAGAAGAGUAUAAACAAAAGAAAGAAUUUAAGUCAUUUCUCUGGACAUUAUUCAAUAUGCGCUUUGACUCUUACAUAAUUCCUCCAAAAAAGGAAAGUUCUAAUGAAAAAGAAAAUUACUUGAUGAUUGCAUCACCCACGACCUCACAAAUCAACAAAAAAUUAAUAAAUCGCACUAUAAUUACCUUUACAAAAUGGCUUAUUCUUGAAUUCGCGGCGUUCAUUUCAAUUAAAUAUACGGUAGAAGUUCCGGAAAUGCCAUACCAACUUCGAUUAUUAGAAUUUUUUACAAAAGGAACCCCUGCGAUCACAUUGCCUUCAAUUUUAUCAUACUUAAAUAUUUUGGUACUUAUAUACUUGUCGAUUUCAUUGAAUUACGAUAUAUUCACUAUCUUUACUACAAUUUUCUACCGUUUAUUCUUUCAUUCCUCAUCGGUAGAAGAGAAUCAUUACUCGGUUUUAAUCAAAACUCACAUCUUAACCACUUCAGAAUAUGUAUCCAUAAAAGAAUGGAUUAUCACAUUCCUUUUCAAUACAAAACAUAUGUUUAAUGAACCAUGGUUAGCAACUAGUCCUCGCGAAUUUUGGUCUGUCCGUUGGCAAUUAUUAUUGAACGAAGGUUUUAAAGAAUUGGGUUAUUUACCAGUUAGGAAUUUAUUGAUCCCAUAUGUCCCUAGGAAAAUCGCAAGUAUGAUGGGUGUAUUAGGUGCAUUAGGUUAUAGUGCUCUAAUACAUGAAUAUAUUAUGACUGGAAUAUUUGAUAAUGUGACAGGUGAACACUCCUUUUUCUUUAUUAUUCACGGUGUAAUAUUCGUCUCGUGGGAAGCUAUUUUCUGUCGUGAAAAUAAAAAUGAAAAUUCAAAAAUUAAUAGUUUCUUAAGGUGGGUCUUAUUGGUGAUAAUUAAUAUACUAGUCUUACCUGCAUUCAUUGAACCUUCAAGCAGGGGACCUGAGAGGAUUGACAUACCAUACGCUCGACUUCAACAUUAUUUAAAUUCGCAAUAA